UGAAGGUUACGCCGUGGGAGUAUAUAUUGUCCAAGCAACAGGCAAGCAUCAGUUGCUCUCCUGGAACACGAAAAACAUGAAGGUUCUGGUUCUCUUCGCUCUGGGUCUGGUCGCCCUGGCCGCCGCCCGACCCUCCGACAUCAUCGACUUCGAGGAGGACCACAUGGAGCACGAGCAGGAGGGCAUCCCGGGAACGGCCGUGGAGGGCGAGUACUCGUGGGUAGCGCCCGACGGGAACGAGUACCGCGUCAAGUACGUCGCCGACCGCUUCGGUUACCGCAUCGUCGACGACAACGUUGUCCCCAGGAUGCGCAGCGACGCGGCCGAAUUUGACGACGAUGACGACUGAACUUGAAACGAACCAGAAAAUUUUACGAAUCACCCAGAUCAGUUACGAAUGAUGAUGUAAUAAAGCAUUCACUUUAUAA